AUGGAUCGAAAAAGUUGGCCCUGGAAGAAGAAAUCUUCAUCUAAUAAGGCAGUGGCUGAAAAUGCGGCAGUUGUUGAGUCGGAGUCUUCUACAGCCCCUUCAGAUGCAGGGACAACUCAGACUGAUCAGGCUAAACAGGAUAGCAAUAAAAAACCAAAGUACGUUCAAAUUUCAAUGGAGUCGUAUACGCAUCUAUCUGGGUUGGAAGAAGAAGUGAAGUCCUACCAAGAAAAAAUGAAAAAUCUGGAAGAGGAAGUAAUGGUCUUGAAUGAAAAACUGUCGGCAGCCCAUUCAGAAAUGACUAAUAAAGAAAACCUAGUGAAACAACAUUCCAAAGUUGCUGAAGAAGCUGUCUCAGGUUGGGAAAAGGCUGAGGCAGAAGCUUUAGCUUUGAAAAAUCAUUUGGAAUCUGUCACGCUGUUAAAGCUCACUGCAGAAGACCGGGCAUCACAUUUGGAUGAUGGUCUCAAGGAGUGCAUGAGGCAGAUACGAAGUUUGAAGGAAGAACAUGAAGAAAAGUUACAUGAGGUUGUCCUUAAUAAAACAAAACAAUUUGACAAGAUGAAGCUCCACCUUGAAGCAAAUAUAGCUAAUUUAGAGCAAGAAUUACUCAGGUCUGCUGCUGAAAAUGCCGCACUCUCAAGGUCUUUGCAAGAGCGCUCUAACAUGUUGAUCAAGCUGAGUGAAGAAAAAUCACAAGCUGAGGCAGAGGUAGAACUUCUGAAGAGCAAUAUUGAAUCCUCUGACAGGGAAAUAAAUUCACUCGAAUAUGAACUUCAUAUUGCUUCGAAAGAGCUUGAAAUUCGUAAUGAGGAGAAGAAUAUGAGUGUUCGAUCUGCUGAAGUAGUCAACAAGCAGCACCUGGAAGGAGUAAAAAAGAUUGCUAAACUUGAAGCGGAGUGUCAGAGGUUACGCGGUCUUGUUAGGAAAAAGUUGCCUGGUCCUGCUGCAUUGGCCCAAAUGAAACUUGAAGUUGAAACUUUGGGGAGGGAAUAUGGAGACACACGUUUGAGAAGGUCUCCGUUAAAGCCUCCUAUUUCACACUUGAGCCAACUUCCUGAAUUUUCCCUUGAUAGUAUACACAAGUACCAGAAAGAAAAUGAGUUACUUACUGAUCGUCUAUUGGCAAUGGAAGAAGAAACUAAGAUGUUGAAAGAAGCAUUGGCAAAUCGCAACAGUGAACUCCUAGCCUCCAGGAGUAUAUGUUUUGAUACGCCCCAUAAGCUUCAGGAUCUAGAAGUACAACUGCAUGCCAAUGGUAAACAUAAAAGUCCUGCAAAAUCUAAUGCUCAUGUCCCUAUUGAAGGUUCAUAUAUUCAAAAUGCAAGUAAUCCAUCAGGCUUGACCUCCAUGUCUGAAGGUGGAAAUGAUGAUGAUGCAAGUGUUGCUGGAUCAUGCGCUACAGUGUUGAUGUCUGAGCACUCUUACUUCAAGAAGGAUAAUAAUGUUGAUAGUCCACUCAAGUCUGAAAGUGCACAUCACCUGGACCUUAUGGACGAUUUUCUGGAGAUGGAGAAAAUAGCAUAUUUAUCAAAUGAUUUAAAUGCAGCAGUUUCUUGUUCAGACUUGUCGGGUAAUACACGAAAUGCAAUUGCAAACUAUGACACUUCGAUAGAAGCCACAGCCAUCACGGAUGUGCAAUCUAAGGAUCAUCUUGAAUCAGAAACACCAGUUUUUCCUAAUGAAGUGAUAGCACUGAUUCCUCAGGUGCAUGUUAAUCCGCUCACCUUUUUGAAGUUUCAAUCAAGAAUUUCUAUGGUUCUAGAUUUGAUGUCCAAAGAGAAGAACAUGGAAGUGGUUUUGGAGGAUAUUAAACGGGUUGUAGAGGAUAUGCAUGAUACUCUACAUCCCAAAUCAUCAAAUCGUGUUGCUGAGGCAGCGCAGUGUUUGGACACUGCAUGUGACCAGAAGACUGUUGCUGAGGUGACUGAAGAAGAGGAUAUGUCUUCUUCUGGAGAUAGUAAAACGAACACCGAGAUUCUUCACACCAUUAACCAAGAAUUAGUAGUAGCCAUUUCUCAGAUUUAUGACUUUGUAAUGAUUCUAGGUAAAGAGGCUAAGGCCAUCCAGGUAACAGCUCAUGAUGGAGGACUGAAUGAAAAAAUGGAUCUAUUCUCUGCCAAAUACAAUGAGAUUAUUAACUGUAGAACAAACCUCCCUGAUUUCGUUCUUGAGCUCUCUCUCGUAUUAAGCAAAGCACGUGAGCUCCACUUCAAUGUCCUGGGAUAUAAAAAUUCCGAAGUGGAAACUGGUAGUUCUGAUUGUAUAGACAAGAUUGCUUUACCAGAGAAUAAGGGCAUCGACUCGUCAACUGAGAGAUAUUCAAACAGUUGCACCCAAUUUUCUGAUUCCACUUCUGACCCUGACAUUCCACAUGAUGGGAAUCUUGUUCCAACAUCUGAAUUGACUGCCACAUCAUGGAAAUGCUCAUUGGAGGAGUUGGAACAAUUGAAAUUGGAGAAGGAUAAUAUGGAAAUUGACCUGGUUAGAUGUACUGAAAACCUGGAAAGUACCAAGUCGCUAUUACUGGAAACAGAACAACAUGUUUCAGAGGUUAUGUCACAAUUAACAUCAUCUCAAAAGUCAAACAGCUUGGCCGAGACACAGCUCAAGUGCAUGGCAGAGUCUUACAGAUCACUUGAAGCACGGGCAGAGGAGUUACAAACUGAAGUAAACUUCCUCCAUGGGAAAAUAGAAACUCAGGAUAAUGAGCUGCUAGAGGAGAGAAGAAAUUAUCAAGAUGCGCUGGCCAGAUGCAAAGAUCUUCAAGAACACCUGCAAAGGAUUGAGAGUUAUUCAGCAGCUGAUAAUGAUGCCAAGACCAACCAGGAGGAGUUGGCGGCUGCAGCAGAGAAGUUAGAAGAGUGUCAACAGACCAUAUUGCUUCUCGGCAAGCAGUUGAAAGCUUUACGCCCCCAGGGAGAGGCUACAGGUUCCCCACCCGGGAGGAGUCAGAAAGGCAUACGCUUCACUGAAGAACCGACUAUAAGAAGCAUGACUUUACAAGAUAUCGAUUCGAACGGGAAGGACAAUUCCAAUUCUAUCAAUUUGCAGAGAGCAGGCUCGAAUUCUUCCCAGGAUUCAUACAAUUCCCCAUUUAAACGUUCUGAUUCUGAAGUCAACAAUCUAUUGAGAUCACCUGUCAGUUCAAAUCAUCCAAAACACCAGCCUACUCAGUCGGUAUCUUCUUCCUUGUCGUCUACUCCCGCACCAGAGAAACAUUCCCGUGGCUUUAGCAGAUUUUUUUCCUCCAAAGGAAAAAAUGGGAGAGGAUUUCAAAGUGGUUUUCCAAUAUGGCUAACAUUUGAAGGAUGUAUUUUGAUUGAGAGUGAAUCAGCCAGCAGCAGAUGUGGAAAUUUGUCGCCUACCAGGCCUUUAAGCAUGGUCGUUCCACAGUUCUACAAUGAAUAA